GUGUUGGCCUUGGUCGGAAGACACCAGCAGACAAUGAGUUCCAAUGACACCCUUUUUGGGCUCUUCCUCACCAUUCAGACUGGUGUUGGUUUCAUGGGGAAUGGCUUGCUGUUUACAUUCUACAUGUACACCUUCUUAAUUCUCCCUCGUCAGAAGAAUCCUGCCAAUGGGAUCCUUGUCCACCUGACUUUGGCUAACGUUCUGAUCCUCUUAUUCAGUGGCGUUCCACAUACAGUCUUUUCAUUUGGAAUGAGGCCUGCAUUAGAUGAUAUUGGGUGUAAAAUAGUGCUCUAUGUUCAGAGAUGUACCCGAGGUAUUUCUCUGAAUACAACCUCCCUCCAGUGUACAUUUCAGGCAGUGACUAUUGCUCCAAACAACUCUAAAUGGGUCUGGCUCAAGAAGACAAUCUCCACACUCAUUCAACCCUCUUUAGUUUUCUUCUGGGUCAUCAACAUGGUCAUCUAUCAUGAUGCUAUCGUAAACAUUGUGGCCCGAUGCAGUAUCACUCAUGCUACAUGUGGGUAUUAUACUCAGAUUUGUAGAGUCAUGUCAUGUGAUCCCCAGGUAGGAGUAACAAUUAUUAGUACAAUAUUCAUUCAGGAUUUGUUCUUUCUCUUCCUAAUGGCAUGGAGUAGUGUCUACAUGAUGACCGUUCUUUCCAGACACCACAAGACAGCCAAGCUCAUCCGCAGUAGCUUCUCUUCUUCACGAAGCUCCCCUGAACACAAAACUAACAUUAUUCUCAUAUUCAUUUGCUGCUUUAUUUCCUUUUACUGUACCAACAGCUUUCUUACUGCUUAUUCAGAGCUAGGAAACAGGAGAAGUUGUCAGCUGUACAACGUGCAUACCGUUAUUUCUUCAUGUUAUCCAACCAUCUGUCCUUUUGUACUGAUUAAAAAUGAGAAUAGAAUUUCCAGAGUGAAUUUCAUCAGAACAUGGACCAGAGUUUUUUCUCCUUAA